AUGACCAACCUGGUGGCCACCAGGCGCGAGGCCAAGGAGAUUAAUGACAACUUUUAUGCGCAUUUGCGCAACUCUGCAAAGCACGAGGACCAGGACGAAUACACCUCGGAAGUGGUGAAUACGGGGUAUUUCAACUAUCGGGACUUGCCGCGGACGACGCCCAUCUACCCGUACGAUCAGUUUUGUAUGAUUUACCAACAGGAUUUGCCAUUUUGCGUGGGCACGAGGAUAAUGUGUACAGCAAACUCUGGGGACCCCCUCCACUUUAACGGCGACAUUGGUACCAUUGUGAAAAUUGAGAAAAAGGGCGAGGAGCUGACUGUGACCAUGAAUCGCGAGUAUGACGGCAGGGACUUGUCCAUCACCACAAUUGAACGCUACUUUAAACGAAGACCGCCCGUAGCGGGCCCCCCCAUUGUCCGGUACCGAGGCCUGCCGUUCACGCAUGGAUGGGCGUGCACCAUCCACAAGGCGCAGGGGAUGACCCUAAGGAACUUGAUUGUCAUCCCAAACGCUGUAUUUAUGGAGGCGCAGGCAUACGUGGCGCUGAGUAGGGUCACCCAUAGCUCGGGUCUCCGCCUUCUGGACCGAAUUCCCCCCCACUUUGUUUUGUCUGUGCCCCUGGUGGAUGAGAUGUACCGGUCCAUGAAACGUUUAACAUUGCGGGUCAAGAAGAUCACCACACUGGUGGACGCCGUGGACGACAGUGAUAUCAAGUGGGCCGUGGACCGUUAUGGCCUGUAA